AACAGCAGCAGCGGAAGCAGCGGAAGCGGACUCCCGGUGAGGCUUGGGGGGGAUUUGAGGCUGGGAUUCUUUGAAGUGGAGCCGCAGCAGCGAGCGGAAGGCCGCCACAUUGGAAGGAAAACGACUUUUCACGGCAGUUAAUAAAUUUUUAACUGGUUCAACAAUCGCCCGCGAACUCCGCCAGCUAAUGACGAGAAACGCGGCCGUCAGUGGCGACGAACCCGACGAGGAGCAGACUUCCGCAGGUGGCGCCCCCGACCAGCCUCUGGAUGGGGCUCUGGCCGUGGUGCAGGCGGAGCAGGACGAAGAGGAGGCUGUGCCACAGGCUGGGGCUGUGGAUGGGGAUGGCGAUACGCCACAGCGGCGUCAGAGGCCACGCAGGAAAGAACCACAACGAAGUGCUGCCAUUGGCCCCUCCGAUGGGGACACGGACUCCAGCUCCUGCGACGGCGUGGGCUCUGGUUCGAGGAGGCAGCGUGUCAGUUACGCGCAACGGAAUCUACUCGAACAGGAGGAGGAGCAGGAGGACGCAGAGGAUGGCGAGGAGUACGACUACGAUGAGGAGGAAGAGGAGGAGGAGGAGGACUACGACGACUACGAGCAGUCAUCUCGGCCACGCCAGGUGGCUCGCCCCCGCCCGGUGCUGACCAUGGGCGGGGGCACACGGAGCAAGCGCAAAACGAAAGUCCGCCAGUUCUCGCAGCGUUCCAGCUCCUAUGCCCCGGACUCGGGGCACACCGACCCGGACGACCGAGACGGCGACAACGCAGGCGACGGCGAGAGCCAGGACAAGCGUCGCUGCAUCUCCAAGGGACAAAUGCGAGAGUUUCGCGAGGCCUUCCGCCUCUUCGACAAGGACGGCGAUGGCUGCAUCACCAAGGAGGAGCUUGGCACCGUGAUGCGCUCCCUGGGACAGUUUGCUCGCGUCGAGGAGCUGCAGGAGAUGCUCCAGGAGAUCGAUGUGGAUGGCGAUGGCAAUGUGAGCUUCGAGGAGUUCGUCGACAUCCUGUCGAACAUGACGUACGAGGACAAGUCGGGCCUGUCGUCGGCCGACCAGGAGGAGCGAGAGCUGCGCGAUGCCUUCCGCGUCUUUGACAAGCACAAUCGCGGCUACAUCACCGCCUCCGAUCUACGAGCGGUGCUGCAGUGUCUCGGCGAGGACCUCGACGAGGAGGACAUUGAGGACAUGAUCAAGGAGGUGGACGUGGAUGGCGAUGGGCGCAUCGACUUCUACGAGUUCGUUCAUGCCCUGGGCGAGCCGGAGGACUCACAGGAGAAUGACGAUGAGGAGGAGAACACCACUUCGCCGCUGCCCACGCCCAAGUCGGCCAUUUCGCUCAGCUACGAUUGAGCUGGGGCUGGGGGCUGUGGGCAGCUGCCAGUGCCACGAUUGAGUACGAUUGAGGAGUGAGGAUGGAGCAUCGAGCAUUGAGCAUCGAGCAUUGAGGGGCAAGGGGGAAAUGGACUUGAGGCGCUCAUCCAUUAUUUAUGCUACGUCCCAUCGAUGGACAGUCGGCACUGGUAGCUAUAAUAGAUUGAUGGGCAGCAAGCAAUUGACUGCUCGAUGACUCGUCUGCGGUUCAUGCAGCGUUGAUCGAUUACUCAUCUGUUGUUGGUAUUUCGAUCGACACUUAAAUACUCAAAAAGAUCUUACUUAUUGACUCGUCGCCGCAAUAAUUAGUUACUCAUCGAGGCGAGUGUGCAGCGAUGACAAAUCGAUUAAACAAUAUUACCACAAGGAAACUCUCAGCAAGUCUCAUUCAUUCAGUCACUGGAACUCGCAUUCAAAUUGAAAUUGCCAGAACGCACAGCUAAUCAAAUUACGAAUCAAAACGAUAAUUAUACGUAUAGCCUAUGGAAUAAUCGAAUACAUCGAUAUUUAUCAAGUGGAAUCAAAGCUCCCACGCACACUCCCGCACUCUCUGUGAAAUUGCUACCAAUCAAUAAUAAUCCCUACCAAUAAUCGAUCUACUUUAUAACGAUAACCUAGCACUCUCACACACACUGACAGAUAGAUAGAUAGACAGACGGACAGACGGACAGACAGACGGACAGGCAUAUCCUUAAGUAUCUAUCCUUAAUCAAUGAUAAUAUAAAUGUAUAUGUACUAUGUAUCUUUCGAAACAUAUCAUUGAAGUAUCGCUCCUCGGCAAGCGUGCCCCAAUAUCCCGAUGUCCCUUUCCACCCUUACACAUCCUCCCCUUUGGCCCCUCUCCCACUCUCUUUGACAAUUUUUCGACUAGCAUCGUAUAUCGAAUAAAAUUGAUUUAAUUAGGAAAUAUUCGCUCAAUUAAUGCUACUGCUGCAAACAAAUAUAAAAAUCGAAUCGAACAAGAACAAGAACAAGUCUUUAAUUAUUGAACGAACAAUUUAAUGUAAUUUACGAUUUACAAUUUUAAUCCACUCGAAUCGAAAAUCC